AUGGCUUCCAUCCUCCGUUCCUAUGGCGGCUUCAUGACCCGCAGGCCCUUUCUCGGCAACAUUGCGUCCGCAAUCGUGCUGUUUGGUGCUGGAGAUAUGCUCGCGCAACAAGCCGUCGAGAAGAAGGGAUGGGACAAGCACGACUGGGCGCGGACUGGCCGCACUGUCACAUGGGGAGGCGCGUUCUACGCUCCAGUGGCGACCGCCUGGUUCCAGGUCCUCAACAAGGUCCCCAUGACCAACAAGAUCAAAGGCACUGCCAUCCGUGUCGGGCUGGAUCAGUUCGUGGCAGCGCCGAUUGUCCUUUCUUGUUUCUACACCGUCAUGACCCUGCUGGAAGGCAAGUCUUUGGCGGCGGCGAAGGACAAGGUGGAGAAGAACAUCCGACCUACGCUCACCACCAACUGGUCGAUCUUCAUUCCUGUCCAGGCCAUCAACCAAAGCAUUGUUCCCCUUCAGUACCGCCUCGUCAUGGUCAACGUCGUCAACCUCUUCUUCAACACGUACCUCUCUUUGCAGAAUGCCAAGGGUCACGACAGCGAGCCCGCGCCGCAGCGCAAGGCCGAGCUUGCCACCAUGUCUUAA